CUCCGAGCCGCGCGACCCAGAGGGUUUCUCUUAAGGUGGCUUGUUCUGAAAUGCCAAAGGCACCUGACUAUUCAGAACUGAGUGACUCUUGCACGCUUGCUGGAGGAACAGGAAGAUUUUCGGGACCACUGCACAGCGCAUGGAGAAUAAUGAACUUCCGUCAGCGGAUGGGAUGGACUGGAGUGGGACUGUAUUUGCUAGCAAGUGCAGCAGCAUUUUACUAUGUUUUUGAAAUCAAUGAGACUUACAACAGGCUGGCUUUGGAACACAUUCAGCAGCACCCUGAGGAGCCUCGGGAAGGAACCACAUGGACACACUCCUUGAAAGCUCGGUUACUUUCCCUGCCCUUUUGGUUGUGGACAGUUAUUUUUCUGAUACCAUACCUACAAAUGUUUUUGUUUCUUUAUUCUUGUACAAGAGCUGAUCCCAAAACAGUGGGCUGUUGUAUCAUCGCCAUAUGCUUGGCAGUUAUCUGCAAUCGGCAGCAGGCAUUUGUCAAGGCUUCUAAUCAGAUCAGCAGGCUGCAACUGAUUGACACAUAAAGCCAGUCACCGUUUUUUCCCUUAUGAUUACAAGACUGUGGGCACUACAUGGAGGCUGAUCACAAGACUGAAG